GUACUGGGAGGCCGUGCUGGAGCUGCUGUGGCCGAGGUUUGAACUGAUUCUGGAGAUGAACAUCCACAGCAUCAGAAACACAGACCCUCAGAAACUGGGGGUACUGGACACCAGACCACACUACAUCACUCGUCGGUACGCAGAGUUUUCGUCGGCCAUCGUCAGCAUCAAUCAGACGUUUCCCAAUGAGAGAACCCACGCUCUGCUGGGGCAGCUGCAGGUUGAGGUGGAAAACUUUGUGCUGAAGAUGGCGGCCGAGUUUCCGUCCAGAAGGGACCAGCUCAUCUUCCUCAUCAACAACUACGACAUGAUGCUCAGCGUCCUCAUGGAGAGGGCAGCAGACGACAGUAAGGAGGUGGAAGGUUUCCAACAGCUGCUGCUCGCCAGGACGCAGGAGUUUAUUGAGGAGAUUCUGUCUCCGCCCUUCGGAGGGAUGAUCGCCUUCGUGAAGGAGGCCGAGGCUUUGAUGGAGAAAGGGCAGCUGGACCGACUAAAGAACGAGGAAGCUCGUAUCACUCAGCUAGUUCGGGGUUUUUCCAGCACGUGGAAACAGUCGGUGGAGUCGAUGAGUCAGGACGUGAUGAGGUCUUUCACCAACUUCAAAAAUGGAACCAGCAUCAUACAG